AUGGUGUCAUGGCUCUGGACUCAGACAGAUUGGGGUGUAUUGUGGUACAAGCUGGACCCCCCUCCUCCAUUGCUCUUCCUCUCCUGUGGAUCCUCCUCUUCAGGCUAGUGGAUGCACAAGGUCAGGGAUCUCGUCUGCGGCAGGAAGAUUCGCCACCCCGCAUCGUGGAGCAUCCUUCCGACCUGAUCGUGUCCAAAGGCGAACCCGCUACCCUCAACUGCAAAGCCGAGGGGCGGCCCACGCCUACGGUGGAGUGGUACAAGGACGGCGAGAGGGUCGAGACAGACAAAGAUGAUUCUCGGUCCCACCGCAUGCUCCUGCCCACCGGGUCACUCUUCUUCCUGAAAAUAGUCCACGGCCGCCGGAGCAAACCGGACGAAGGAGCGUACGUCUGUGUGGCCCGCAACUACCUCGGGGAAGCCGUGAGUCGUAACGCCUCCCUGGAAGUGGCAUUGCUGAGGGAUGAUUUCAGACAGAACCCUACAGAUGUCGUGGUUGCGGCAGGAGAGCCGGCCAUUCUGGAGUGCGUUCCGCCUCGAGGUCAUCCGGAGCCCACCACCUACUGGAAAAAGGACAAAGUUCGGAUCGAUGAGAAAGACGACAGGAUCAAGAUUCGAGGAGGAAAGCUGAUGAUCUCGAAUGCAAGAAAGAGCGACGCAGGGAUGUACGUGUGCGUGGGAACCAACAUGGUGGGAGAAAGAGACAGUGAGACAGCCCAAGUCACGGUUUUUGAACGGCCCACGUUCCAGCGGAGGCCGAUAAACCAGGUGGUCCUGGAGGAGGAGGCGGUGGAGUUUCGUUGUCAGGUGCAUGGAGACCCUCAACCCUCUGUCCGCUGGAGGAAAGACGACGUGGACGUCCCACGUGGAAGGUAUGACAUCAGGUUUGAUAAGGAGGAGUACGUGUUGCGGAUAAAGAAAGCAUCAGCUGCUGAUGAAGGAACCUUCACCUGCGUAGCAGAGAACCGUGUGGGUAAAGUGGAGGCCUCAGGGACUCUCACUGUAAGAGCUCGCCCUGUGGCGCCACCACAGUUCGUGAUCCGACCACGGGACCAGAUCGUGGCUCAGGGUCGCACGGCGACGUUCCCAUGUGAGACCAAGGGGAACCCUCAACCUGCCGUGUUCUGGCAGAAAGACGGCAGCCAGAACCUGCUGUUUCCCAACCAGCCGCAACAAGCCAACAGCCGCUUCUCCGUCUCACCCAGCGGAGCUCUGACCAUCACGGGCGUGCAGCGAGCAGACGGCGGCUACUACAUCUGCCAGGCGCUGACGGUCGCUGGCAGCAUCCUCGCCAAAGCCCAACUGGAAGUAACAGAUGUUUUGACAGACAGGCCACCACCAAUCAUCAGACAAGGCCCAGCCAAUCAGACUUUAGGUGUGGACAGUGUAGCUCUGCUAAAGUGCCAAGCAUCCGGGGAGCCCGUACCCACCAUCAGCUGGCUGAAGGAUGGAGUGAGUCUACUGGGUAAAGAUCCACGCAUGUCCUUGCAGGAGCUCGGCAGCCUUCAGAUCAAGAACAUAAAGCUUUCGGAUUCCGGCAUUUACACCUGUGUGGCUGCUAGCUCGAGUGGCGAAACCUCGUGGAGCGCCUUCCUGGAAGUCAAAGAAUCUGGUGGGAUAGUGCAGAUCAAGAACAGAGAAGAGGGUGAACUUCCUGGUCCACCCUCCAAACCUCAGGUCACUGAUGUCACCAAGAACAGCGUGUCUCUGUCCUGGCAGCCGGGCCUUCCCGGGGGUUCGCCCAUCACUUCAUAUGUGAUCGAGGCAUUCAGCCAAUCUGUGAGUAACAGCUGGCAAACUGUAGCAGAUCACGUCAAAACCACCCAGUUCACCGUUAAGGGCCUGCGACCCAACACUAUCUACCUGUUCAUGGUGCGCGCCGUCAACACACAGGGCCUGAGCGACCCGAGUCCCAUGUCCGAGCCAGUGCGUACCCAAGAUAUAAGUCCUCCAGCGAAGGGUGUAGACCACAGGCAUGUACAGAAAGAGCUGGGCGAGGUCAUCGUGCGCCUACACAACCCCGUGGUCCUCAGCCCCACCACCAUUCAAGCCACCUGGACCGUGGAUCGUCAGUCGCAGUUCAUCCAGGGCUACAGGGUUUUGUACAGACAGACGUCAGGGCUGUCGUCGCCGGGGGCAUGGCAGACCCAGGACGUCAAGGUUUCCUCCGAGAGGACCAUCGUGCUCUCGUCGCUGAAGAAGGGCAUCGUGUACGAGAUCAAAGUACGACCGUACUUCAACGAGUUCCAGGGAAUGGACAGCGAAUCGAAGACGGCGAGGACUAACGAAGAACCUCCCAGCGCUCCUCCACAGCAAGUGACGGUCCUCACUGUGGGAAAUCAGAACAGCACCUCCAUCAGUAUCUCCUGGGACCCGCCCCCUGUCGACCACCAGAACGGCAUCAUUCAGGAGUAUAAGAUCUGGUGUUUAGGUAACGAGACGCGUUUCCACAUCAAUAAGACGGUGGACGCGGCGAUCCGCUCGGUGGUGGUGGGCGGGCUGCAGGCGGGGCUGCUGUACCGGGUCGAGGUGGCGGCGAGCACCAGCGCAGGAGUGGGAGUGAAGAGCGAACCUCAGCCCAUCAUCAUCGGUAAAGACUUCCGAGAUGUGAUUGUGAGCGGGGACAAGAACAACAGCAUCACGGAGCAGAUCACGGACGUGGUAAAGCAGCCAGCGUUCAUCGCAGGGAUCGGCGGAGCGUGCUGGGUCAUCCUCAUGGGCUUCAGCAUCUGGCUCUACUGGAGGAGGAAGAAGAGGAAAGGACUCAGUAACUACGCCGUUCAGUCGUUCACCUUCACCCCGGCAGUGACGUUCCAGCGAGUUGACGGGGGCUUGAUGAGCAACGGCAGUCGUCCUGGUAUCCUAAAUUCCGGCGAGGCGAGUUAUCCUUGGCUAGCAGACUCUUGGCCGGCCACCAGCAUGCCUGUUAACAGCAGCUCCGGAGGACCCAGUGACCUCGGUAACUUCGGACGUGGAGACGUCAUGCCCGCGGGUCAGACGGAUAAAACGGGUACUAUGAUGUCUGACGGCGCCAUCUACAGCAGCAUCGACUUCACCACCAAGGCGGGAUUCGGCAGCUCGAGCCCGGCGUCGCAGGCCACUCCGUACGCCACUACGCAGAUCCUGCACUCUAACAGCAUCCACGAGCUGGCGGUCGAUCUGCCCGAGACCCAGUGGAAGAGCUCGCUCCAGACCAAACAGGAAAUGGCCAACCUGGGCUACUCGCUGCCUGAUAAGAACUCCUGCAACAACACACUCCUAUUCAUUCCCGACUACCGAUUGGCUGACGGAUUGUGUAAUAGAAUGCCGCACAACCAAUCACAGGAUUUCAGCACCACCAGCUCCCACAAUAGCUCGGAGCGGAGCGGCAGCCUGUCAGGUGGAAAAGGAGGAAAGAAGAAAAAGACCAAAGUAGGAGCCAAACCCACGAAGACCAACGGCUCCAACUGGGCAAAUGUCCCAUUACCACCUCCUCCCAUCCAUCCUCUGCCAGGCACAGAGCUGGAGCACUACAGCACCGAACACCAUGAAGGAGGAGGUUAUGACAGCGAUGGUUGGGGACACCCUCUGCCCGUGCAGACGUACCUGCACCAGGGAGUGGGGGAUGAGCUGGAGGAAGAGGAGGAACGUGUGCCAACCCCACCCGUCCGUGGCGUGGCAUCAUCUCCAGCAGCCAUGUCCUUCGGAAAGCAGUCCACAGCCACGCUGACCCCGUCCCCGCGAGACGAGACGCAGCCCAUGCUGCACGCACAUCUGGACGAGCUGGCACGGCAGUACCAGCUGGACAUGGCCAAGCAGACAUGGCACAUGCAGGGAGGCCCGUAUCCUCCUCAAGCCCCUGCUCCUCCCAUCGGCUACAUGUCCAGCACCCUCAUGUCCGACAUUGAGACGGAUCUCCCAGACGACGACGACGAUGAGGAGGAGGAGGAAGAGGAGGAAGAUGAAGGUUAUGAAAUGUCCCCACCACCGAUCCGCGGCAUCGAACACACGCCAGGAUCCAGCAUGGACAACUUGGACAGCUCGGUAACAGGCUCCAUGGUGAACGGGUGGGGCUCGGCAUCGGAGGAGGACGACCGGCCCUUUUCCAGCCACAGGUCCAGUGCUGGGAGCUCCUCUGACGGCUCUCUAUUCACCCACUGCAGCUUUGCCCGUGCGCUGGCAGCGGCCGCCGAUAAGGCAGGCUACCGCCUGGAUGGCACCAGCCUCACCAAGAGAGAUCAAUGCCUGGCCAUGAGACCUCGGCCUGCUAGUCCGUUCUCUACUGACGGCAGCAGCGUGGGAAUGCACAGCCUCGGUCACCAACGGGCGGCACGGCCCACUCGCAAAAACAGAGGACCGGGUACGGCUGUGCACUGCAGGGAUGCCAGUGCUGAUGACCUACCUCCACCUCCAGAACCCCCACCGUGCCAGGGUAUGCGCAUCCAGGGGCCGAGGAGCGUCGGAAACAUGGGCAGUCCUGGUGAACGUAAGGCCUCGUCCCUUGAGAGGCAGAAUAUGAGUAGUCGGGAUGAGGUGAAGAGUUCUUUGGAGAGGCAGACUCGUACGUCUCUAGAACGCCACAGACACGGCCAAGAAAGGCUCGGUUCCAUGGAGAGAGCAGACGAGGCCAGGAGAGCACAGAAGAACGGCACUGUCGCGGAAGAGGCCAUUCCACCCUAUAGCAAACCUUCAUUUCCAUCACCUGGGGGUCACAGUUCAUCUGGAACCACGUCCUCCAAAGGAUCGACGGGUCCUCGUAAAGCAGAGGGGUCACGAGGUCAGCACCAGCGCUCCAACACCGAGUACGGCGACUCCGGCUACACUGGGACCAACGGCCAGGGACAGUACUCCGGAGAGUUAUAGUAAGACGCUGUGGAUCAGAACUGACAUUUAAAAAGAAAAAAAGAAGAAAAGAAAAUGCUUUUUUCCUGCCCCAGAGAUGCCUCUGAGAUCCACUCGGUGAAACGGACACGUGCGCCGCGUCAGAAGGAAGAACCGAUCUUGUACGCCGGAGGUAAAGGCGGAAACGACACGUUGUAAAUGCGAUGUAAAAACAGACAGUCCCACGAUCUCGAUUUGAUGUUUUCUGUCCUAUUCAAGAACAAAUGAAAUACUUUCAAACACUUCGAUACUGACAGCCAUUCAUCCAGAGAAAAAGAAGAAGAAGGAGAAAAAAAAGAACAAAGAAGACUUCAAUUUCGAGUCCUUUAGUGAACUGGGAAAAAAAAGGGAACAUUUCCUGUAAAUAUGAAAUUUCUUGUUGAAAAUCGCUAUUGCAUCGCUAUGCAAGCCGGUUUCCGUUUGCUCACUUCCCCGUGUUCUUCAUGUGUAAUAUAUGUGAAUGAAAAUUUAAAAUUUUGGACGGCUGUGGUGCCAUAAAGAGUUCAUGGAUUUAUUCAUCGGUCCAUUGUUUCUGUUUACUUGCUGUUGUUAUUAUAAUUAUUAUUAAUGAUUUUUUUUUUGCACUGCAAUGUUUUGGUGAAAAGCACAAAAAGAAAACCCCCCCCACACACACACACACACUUAUCGCUCCCGCUGACAUGAAGCACCAGGGGAGAGGAGAUUUAAUGACUAGGAGUUGCUGUACUGUAACUAAAGAAAAAGAAAACAAAUAUAUAGCCAUGUACAGAGAUAUAUUAAACUACGAUUGUGUGCGGGAUUUAGUGCAGGAUUUCUGCAGCUGAGUCAGAAUCUCACGGUUUGGGGUGUUAUUUACUGGAAAGGGGUUCUCCUGAGGCUAGGAUCGGGGCACAGAAAAUACGUUUAAAACAAACCUACUUUGAAAUAAACUUUCAAAAAAUGAAACUGUUCAGAGAUUUAAUACACCACUGAGGCAAAACAUCAUGACCACCAUUGUGCUGCCAAAAGAGCUCUGAGGUGUCGAGGCUUGGAUUCCACAAGACUUCUGGACCUUAGCUGGAACUAAGACUUAUCCACAGAUCCUCCAUGGGUCAGACUUGCUUGUCCAGCACAUCUCACAGAUGCUUAACACCUUGGCAUCUCUCUGUCAUGCUCCUCAACUCAUAAACAAUGUGUGCAGUGUUUCAGAGCGCAUUAUUCUGCUGAAAGACGCCGCUGCCGUCACGGAACACCGUUUCCAAGGAGGGGUGUAACUUGGUCUGCAGCAAUUUUUAAGCAGGUUGGACGGAUCACAGUAAGAUACACAUGAAUGUCAGGACCCAAGAGUUCCCAGCAGAACAUUGCGCAGAGCAUCGCAACUGCCUCCCACUGUACAUCCUGGUGCCAUCUCUUCCCCACAUACACACGAUCCAACCUUCUUCCAUUAGUGUCUUGUUCGUACCCUCGCUUGCACAUUGCAGGUGAUAUGGAUGGUGGACAUGGACGUGGACACCAGGAUCAGCCAACAGACCUCGCUUGGUCUGGGCUUUCUUAAAGUCACGUAGGUUUGUCCACCUGCCCUGGAAACAAGACGUGGACCUUGAGAACCGAGUCUCAGCUCAAUGUCUAACUCAUCGCAAACCUUGAUGUAAUAAGAUACUCAAAAUUUUUAUCAUUUUGUCACGUGACGUCCAUAGACGUUUUGUAGUGCAGUACACAGGAAACAGAAUUAUGCGGCUCUUCUCAUGAGUCUUCUGGUCUGAAUUCUUUUGUUAUUUUGUCACGUGACACAUUUUAAUCUGUGAGCAGUCGUGAUGUUUUGCCCCAUGGUGUAUCAUGUCGGAAUUGAGUCUGGUAACACACGGCUCGCUGCUGUUCUUUGCUUUUUGCUUGUUUGUGUAUGUCUCUCUCUCUCUCUCUCUCUCUUUCUCUCUCUCUCUUUCUCUUUUUUACACACACACUCUUCCCUCCCUCGGGCAUCAAUCACUAUCAGUAACAUCAGCAAACAUCAAGUAUCAAGUGGAAUCUGUUGAGAUAUGAUGAUCGUGUCAUACGCUUUCGUCCUAUUGAUGAUCUUUUAAGUGAUUUUUGUUAGUUUUUAUUUGUUUGCUUGUUUGUUUUUUUUCUCCAAUAUCUCCUCCAAAAGACGGAUCACUCACUAAGCACUUAAAACGCAAGCGAUUUAAAAGCCAUAUAAACAAGAAUAAAGUGUAUGUUUUUUUUGUUUGUUUUUUUCCUCGAAAAAAUCAUACACAUCUCCGUUUAGUGCUUUUGCAAAACGACGGCACGCUGAGCUUCAUGAAAAGUGCGUCUCUUUAGGAGCGCAGCUGGAGAGCCACUUAGAACAAUUAUUUUCUGCCUUUUUUUUUUUUUU